UCCGCGCGGGAAUCCGCUCGCUCGGGCAGCGGCACUUUAAUCGCCUAGAGUCGGGCUGAGGCUGCCUGUACUCUCGCUGAAAGAGGGUUUUGAAGCGAUUAAAAGACGCGGUAAACAUCAUUAACAGGCAGGGACGCGCUGUGCGCUGUUUAUCCGUCGUGUUGGUGUUCAGACCCGGAGUUACAGCGAUGGGGAACGGCAUCAAUAAGGUUCUCCCAGAUUUGUACUUGGGAAACUUUAAAGAUGCAAGAGACAGAGAGCAGUUAGCCAGAAACAACAUUACACACAUCCUGUCUAUUCAUGACAGUGCAGCACCCAUCCUACCGGAGAUGACCUAUCUCUGCCUGCCCGCAGCAGACAUGCCCACACAGAACCUAAUUCAGCACUUUAAACUGAGUAUAAAGUUCAUGCACGAGUGUCGGCGGAAAGGAGAAGGCUGCCUUGUUCACUGUUUGGCAGGAGUGUCUCGCAGCGUCACCCUGGUGGUAGCUUACAUCAUGACCCUGACGGGCCUGGGCUGGCAGGACGCGCUGGCUGCUGUGAGGGUGGUCCGGCCCUGCGCCAACCCCAAUGUGGGCUUCCAGAGGCAGCUGCAGGAGUUUGAGGAGACUCAAGCUGAAGAGUUCAGGGAAUGGCUUCGAAAGGAAUACAAGGACAACCCCUUCAACGACGAGGCUGAUAUACACGAACUGCUGGCCAGGGUGCCUAAAGUCAACGAUGAGAUGGAAAAACAUGCAUCUUUGGUGGCUGAAGACGUUUGAGCAGAGCUGAGGCUGAGAUCAUUUGCAGCGCAGCCAAACUGUAUGUGACACCCUGGAGAGAUUUGCACCUGAGCGGACGUCUAACACGCUCUUUAACGCGCUGUUCGCCGGAUCUUUUUUUUACAGUCUGUUAUGACGUCGAUGCUGGAAAAUACAUUUCUUACGUGCACUGCACCAAUCUUUCUAUCAUUUAUUGAUUAAAGUGUUAAUGAAAAGAUUUUUUUUUUUGUACUUGUAAAUAUAUAUUUUUUUCCCACUGUCUCUGUAUGCUCUCAAAUUUCUAAAUAAAAGAAGUGAAGGCGAGCACACGGGUA